UUCCUAUUCUCCAGAUGUACAGAUUCACCACAGGAUGGCUGUGAAGCACUGAGAGUGGUCACAUCUAAGUGUCACAAUCUUGCCUUUCCAGAACGGGUCAGGACAACAAAACUGAGAAAGUAUUUGGCAACUACUACUCAGAUAAUGGAUAUGAGAGAUGAUGAGCUGAAGUUAAUUGCUGAUCACAUGGGACACUCUGUUGCCAUACAUACUGACGUGUACAGAAUGCAGACGUCAGUGCUUGAACGAACAAAAGUUGCAAGGGCUCUUCUAGCUUUAGAAGAUGGUAAACUACAGGGGUUUAAUGGUCGCGACCUUUCGUCGGUCAGCCUUGAUGAAUUGCCUGAACCUGAACCUGAACCUUACAAAGCAGGGUCAUUUGAAGAAUUGUCUGAACCAGACAACAGCUAUGAGGAUGUUCCUGAAGUUGAAACAGAAGCUGUACAGAAGCCUCAUGCAUGUACAGGUAUUUAUUUUAUAUGA